GUUGUUUUUAACUUGAAAUGUAAGGUUUCUCUAAACGCUAUGAAUGUUACGCUAGCUUAAUUUUAAAAUUAUGUGAAGUGUAACGGCGAAGCGAAAUGGUUAAUUGAUUGCACAUAUCUGAAAGUACAACUAGCGUGAUUUUUUGAAAUAUUUUGAAGAAUUAAUAUUUAUUCAAAGUUGUUAUAUUGUGGGAGUUAUGACUCGUUGGCCAUAUUUGGAUGGGACUAUUGAGAAUAUUUAAGCCAUGGACGACUACAAGUUUCUUUUUAAAGUAGUUCUUGUAGGAAACGCUGGUGUUGGUAAAACAUGCCUAGUAAGACGUUUUACCCAAGGUUUGUUUCCCCCAGGGCAGGGGGCUACUAUCGGGGUAGAUUUUAUGAUAAAGAGCGUUGACGUUGGAGGCGAAAAAGUGAAGUUGCAAAUUUGGGAUACUGCAGGUCAAGAAAGGUUUCGGUCAAUAACUCAGAGCUAUUAUAGAUCUGCUCAUGCUCUUAUAUUGGUUUAUGAUAUAUCAUGUCAACCAACAUUUGACUGUUUGCCCGACUGGUUGCGUGAAAUUGAAGAAUAUGCUAGUAGCAAAGUGUUAAGGAUUCUAGUGGGAAAUAAAAUUGAUAGAGAGGAUAGAGAAAUUCCCACCCAUGUAGGAGAGGAGUUUGCAGAGAGACACAACAUGUAUUUUUUGGAAACAUCUGCCAAGGAGUCGGACAAUGUAGAAAAGUUAUUUAUGAAAAUUGCUGAGGAUUUAAUGAAGCAAGCCAGAACGAGAGAGACUCCCAGAUAUGACCAGAACAAUCAAAAUAUCAAUGAUUCCAACAGUUCCGAGUCAAAUAAUUGUUGUAGUAGGUUGCAAUAAAAUUGUCUAUUAAGGAUAACCAAUGUUAAUGCCAAUUUUUUCUGACAUGAUUUAUUUAAAAAUUUCGAGUGACCAAAUAACAUGAUACAUACCAAUAACUGCUCUGUAUGUAUGUUACGUUAAUAGGUCAGAACUAUUUAAAAAGUGCCAGACAUUCUUUCAAUGUUUGUUGACAUGUGAGUUUUUGGGUUGUUUCUCUAAUUUGUAAACAAAGUAUUGUAAAUCUAGUCAGUUUUAUCCAUUAACAUGAUUUACUUCAUCCUGUCAUUAUUGUAAUUGAUUGUGGUUUUGUGAUUGUAUCAGAUGACAUAGACAAAACUUUAGGGUAUCAAUUUUAUAAAUGUCAUUCAUUAUCAUGCAAACACUAGAGGUCAGGCGAUGUCUCCAUUCUUUUUAAUUGGUGUCAAGACUGUUGGUGUUCAUGCUUAAUUAUUUAUUACUCCAUCUAUUAAUUUUGUAUGCGCAAGGUAAUGCAGACAGAUUGAUAAAUGUUUUGUAGAUAAUAAUUUUCAAUGAUGGUUCUCAAUGUGAUAAUUCUGAGUGAAAAUGGAAAUGCAAGUGUUGAGAUGUCAAGAUAAAAUGAUCAAUCAAUUUAUAUAUUUAGUUCCUUAAUUUAGUUAACGAUGCAUUUAUAAGCAUUUCCAUUAAAGCCAGAGGUACCUACUUAAUUUUUGUUAAAUUUUAUGCGCUUCUGUUAAUUUGUUAUUAUAUAUAUAUAAAAUCGGUGGAGGUUGUUUUAUAAUCUUGCAUUAGUUUAAGCCAAAGAAACAUUUAAAUGAAAAUAAUUAGCUAUAUUUAUUAAUAAAAGGUUUUAUUAUUGCUUUACCCAUAUUUAAUUUUUAAUUUAAUCAGUGUAAUUGGGAAAUUCUAUCACUGCAGUACUAGUAAAUAUCACACUAAAGAGCUCGGAAAAA